UGAGUUAAAGUAGAAAUGUUUAAAGUAUAAAGAUUAAUAUGAUAUAAUGUUAUUUCUUUUGCAUUAUAAUAAGUUAUGCAGAAGUUUAAUAUUUACCCCUCUCCGCAAUGGUUGAUUGUCCUAUGUGGGUUUGUUUGUUGUAUUCUUGGAACAUCGAUUCCUGAUAUAUCAGGGAUUAUACAUUUAGAACUGUUAGAAAACUUUUAUAUAACAGACGUGCAGGCAGCUUGGGCAGGAUCAAUAUUCAACAGUAUGUUUAUGAUCAGUGGUCCGAUUGGAAGCCUUCUCACGAACACCUUCUCCUGUAGAGUGUGUAUUAUCACAGGAUCUGUUGUUGGUCUGGUUGGCUUUGGUCUAACCAGUCUGACAGAGAAUAUUUAUAUUAUGUAUGUUACAUAUGGACUAAUAGCAGGCACAAGUCAGUCGUUGAUAUACACAGGAGUAUUAAUUUCAGUUGGAUACUACUUUGACAAAGGGCGUAGCAUAGCAACAGGAGUGGUAGUUAAUGGUUGCGGGGUGGCUAUGCUUGCACUACCGCCUAUUAUGCACCAAUGUGUCUCAUCAUUCGGAAUUCAUGGAGCAUUUCUUCUAAUCGGUGCGGCUUUUUUCCAGUGCGCAGUAUUUGGCGCAUUGAUGAGACCUAAUAGUGUCGAAAUGAACAGCAGAAAGGAAAAGAAAACUAAGAACACGGAAGAAUUAUAUGAUAACCAAUGUGUAAGAUUGGGAAAUUCUAUUAGGAAUAGUUUAUCUGAGUUGGGAACUGUUGAGUUUUUCCUAUUUUGUAUUAGUUCGUUUUGCUGGAAUGUUAGUUUUAACAUUUCUAUUCUUUAUUUUCCAAAAUAUUUUAAAACUAAUGGCGUUUCGAAGUACGAUGUAAGCUAUUUGAUUUCAGCAACGGGAAUCGGUAAUAUCUGCGGUCGAUACCUCGUUGGACUAGCUGCAAGUGACCGUGAAAUUGGUAGCCGUCUCUUAUAUUUUGGACAGUUCAGCUUGAUUGGAAUUUUCACUCUAUUUUUACCAUUUUACAAGAAUUAUGCAAUCCAGUUUUUAUACAUGACGGCCUUUGGAAUGUAUACAGGGGGUGUAUGGAUUUUACAGACUGUGAUAGUUGUUGAACUGGUUUCCCUGUCCAAUUUAGCUUCCGGUUUUGGAAUUGUGAUGUUUUGUGGUGGAUUAGGUCAGCUGGCAGUGCCUCUAAUUGCAGAAAUAUUGGAAGACAACAUCGACAACGUAAAAGAUAUAGAUCUAUCAAAAGCAUUCGCGGUAUCAGGUUCUCUUUACAUUUUAUCAGCUAUACUGUGUGCAUUAACAGCAAGAAAACCGUCGUCUAAAUGUAGUUCUGUAACAAACGUAAUGCUUGAUGACGAAAAUAAGACACAUAAUGACAUUGAAUUAAUUGGUGAAUUAGAAAUGGAGUUAUUUAUAGAUAAACGUUAAAUUUUUAAUUGAUGGUUUGUUAUUUUAAAGAUUUAUCUGUGAGAGGAGCAAAGGUAAUUAUAGAAAACUGACACUUUAGACUUGAUCUGAAAUAUUAUUUUUUGGUGGUACCUGCUUGCAAUCAUAAAAUGCUUUAAAGGAGACUCCAAUAGACAAUGUUUUGACAUUUCUAAUAUAAUUACCUGCAUGGGCCGGUAGUUAGUUUUAGAACCUUUUUUGUUUUCAAAAGUUCUACAUAAAGUAUGCCUUUUAUAAAACUUAUUUUAUGCACACAAUAUGAAUGUGUCAUAGCAGUAGGAUAUCAUGCUAUAUAAAACGUAACUGCUUGGGCCGUAAGUCAUUGUUACUAAAUGAAUUCUUGGUUUAAUCUCUCACCCAGAUAUUUGCUUAUAUGUCUUGCUCAUUUAGUUGUUUUGUUUAGGUGAAAACAGCUUUUUAUUGAAGUUUGAUAUUGUAAUAUUAUGAUCACUGAAAAGAUUGUUGACAAGGACAUUGUCUCAUUGUUAUUUUGCAGAACUUGCAUGGGCUGGUACUGUAUUGCAACUUAUUUAUAGCUUUUUUAUAUAUUAUUAAUCACAUUUAGUAUUUUCACUGUUAGUUAAAAACAUAGAUUUAGCUUGAAAUAAUAUAGCUAAUAUGUGAAAUUGAACAUCUUGUGAUAGCAUGAAUAACUUUUUAAACAUCAAAUAUGACGAACAGUUUUCUUUUUGCGAAGUGCUUGGCCUUUGUGGGGUAGGAAAGAUUUAUUUUAUUGCAUCUUUCCUGGUGGCUUAGUUGACCCCUUCCUAGGCCAAGCUAUUGUAUUCUGUAUUAUUUUAUUAUCGUUUUAUGUUUUGUAUUCAUUAUUAUCAGAGACACAUUAUAUGUCUCUGUUAUUAUCUUGUUGGAAAAUGUAUAUGUAUAUAUUAUAUAUUGUUUAUUUUUGUAUGAGAAACAUUUUUACUCUGAAUAAGUAAAAAUAUUGCAAUUCA